AUACAUUAUAUACAUAAACUGUAAUUACUUGUUUACUAAUUUGAAAACCUAAUUAUUAAGCUACUGUUUUAAGUUGCAUAAAAUGAUCAUCUAUAAAAAUAAAAUUUGCAAUAAAUUUAUAUUAUGUGCAAUAUUCAUAUAUUGCUAUUCAUGUGAAUGCAAUGCAAUUAUAUCACCACAAAGUAUGGACCAAAAUGUGUUGGCUCACGACAAGUAUUCCCGUGUCAUCAGGGCUACCAACUCAACGAGAAAUAGUUAUAGAAAUAAGAUACUAAUAAUUACCAGUAUCCUGAGCGAACCGUAUUUGAUGGAGAAGUCGUGGGCACCGGGAGGCAUACCGACUGGGAAUGACCGAUACGAGGGUUAUUGCAAGGACUUGGCCGACAGGUUGGCCCACAUACUCGGCUUCCGGUACGAGCUACGGCUCGUGAAUGACUCCAAAUACGGCCAAAUGGAUAAGCAUGGCGUUUGGGACGGUAUGAUUGGCGAGCUCGUCAGACGUGUAGGUGCCCCCUAUCGCCUAGAAGUGGACAUUGCGAUCGCGCCAUUGACUAUAACCUCACGCCGUAAAGGGGAUGUCGACUUUACCCAUGCGUUCAUGUCUGUAGGCAUAUCUAUACUCAUGAAAAAGCCGGCGCUUAUUAGUAGACCCGGAAUAUUCUCAUUCAUGUAUCCAUUGAGUCGCGAGACUUGGGUUUACAUACUGUUGUCAUAUAUCGGUAUUAGCCGUGUAUACAGCAAGCUUGACCUACGCUUAUACCAAUCAAUUCAGUCGAUGCUCUUAGCCAACAGACUGAUAUGGAAUACGGGUUCAUCCACGCAAGCAUUCUUUCAGAACUCACGUUUACCAACAUAUAAGAAAAUGUGGGAAUACAUGAGAGCUAACCCACAGGUGUUUGUCAAUGACUACGGGGAGGGUAUCCGACGGGCCAGGGAGUCAAAUGGCAAAUAUGCCUUUUUAAUGGGUUGGAAGUCCCCAUCACUUGACUACAUUAACCAACGUUUGCCGUGCGAUACCAUGAAAGUGGGCCACAAUUUAGACGAGAAAGGCUACGGUAUCGCCACUCAAAAGGACAGUCCUACUCUACUGGAAGACGCUAUCAUUAAACUACAGGAGGACGGAGUGUUGGCUCAUUUACGGCACAAGUGGUGGUCAGACAGAAGUGAAUGCGGCCCCAAAAUGAUCAUGACCGGUAUAUACGGUGUAUUGAAAGCCAAUAUUCGUGUUGUGAUCACCGGAUCGACGGAUAAUUGUGUUGAGUGUUAGCCAAUAGACAAAAUUUGAAUUUCAAACCCAAUACUAAUCAUUUGAGU